UUUAAAGUUAAGACCCGCGCGGACUCCGACGCCAAGUGAUGGAGGUGGCGGCUAAUUGCUCACUGCGCGUGAAACGGCCCCUGUUAGACCCCCGCUUCGAGGGCUACAAACUCUCUCUGGAGCCUUUGCCCUGUUACCAGCUGGAGCUGGACUCAGCUGUGGCAGAGGUAAAGCUCAGAGAUGACCAGUAUACACUGGAUCACAUGCGUGCCUUUGGCAUGUAUAAUUACCUACACUGUGAUUUGUGGAAUCAAGAUAAUAUCUACUUUGUUGAUCAGCUUGGAAGAAUUAUGAACUUAGCAGUUACACUGGACACUGCCUUAGGAAAACCAAGAGAGGUUUUCAGACUUCCUACAGAUUUAGCAGCUUAUGACAAUCGUCUUUGUGCAUCUCUUCACUUCACAUCUUCUACCUGGGCUACAGUGUCAGAUGGAACAGGUAGAUUAUAUCUUAUUGGAACAGGGGAACGUGGAAAUGGUACUUCUGAAAAAUGGGAGAUUUUGUUUAAUGAAGAUCUUGGAGAUCCUUUUGUUAUUCUUCACAGUGUUUCCAUUACAAAAUCUGAGGACCAUUCAAUAGCUACCAUCCUUCUUCGAGUUGAGAAAGAAGAAUUAGAUCGGAAAGGAAGUGGCUUCUAUGUUUCUUUGGAGUGGGUUACUAUCAGUAAGAUAAAUAAAGAGAUUCAAAAGUAUGAAAUUACUGAUCGUAAAGUACUCAAUGGUAAAUCAGUUCCACAUUAUGCUGCUAUUGAGCCUGGUGGCAAUGGUCUGAUGAUUGCUUCUUGCAAAUCCUUCAGAUUUGUUCAAGAUGAAAAGCAAGAUGAAGAAAAAAAUGAUGAAAAACUGACAGAUAAAAAUAAAGUUGAACCUUUGUAUUACUGGCAGCAGACUGAAGAAGAUUUGACAAUGAUGAUACACUUUUCAGAAGAUGUUUCUAAAGAGGACAUUGAAAUACAGUUUUCCCCAGAUCACAUCAGUAUUGCUUUAAAAAAGCAGCCAUAUUUGGAAGGAAAACUCUUUUCAUCUAUUGAUCAUGAAAGUAGUACAUGGAUAAUUAAAGAGAAUAAAAGUUUGGAGGUGUCUUUGAUUAAGAAGGAUGAAGGACUGACAUGGCCAGAGCUAAUAUUAGGUGAUGAGCGAGGAGAUUUCAUAAGAGAUUCAGCCCAGUGUGCUGCCAUUGCUGAACGUUUGAUGCAUUUGACAUCUGAAGAACUGAAUCCAAAUCCAGAUAAGGAAAAACCACCAUGUAAUGCUCAAGAAUUAGAAGAGUGUGAUAUUUUCUUUGAAGAGAGUUCCAGUUUAUGCAGAUUUGAUGGCAGUACUUUGAAGACCACUCAUGUGGUGAAUCUUGGAAGCAACCAGUAUCUUUUUUCGGUUUUAGUGGAUCCCAAAGAAAUGCCCUGUUUCUGUUUGCGUCAUGAUGUAGAUGCCCUGCUUUGGCAACCACACUACAGCCAACAAGAUGAGAUGUGGGAGCAUAUUGCAACUUUCAAUGCCUUAGGCUACGUCCAAGCAUCAAAGAGAGACAAGAAGUUUUUUGCUUGUGCCCCCAAUUACUCCUACGCUGCCCUUUGCGAAUGCCUGCGUCGAGUGUUCAUCUAUCGUCAGCCCACAGCUAUGUCCACUGUGCUGUAUAACAGAAAGGAAGGAAGGCAGGUUGGGCAGGUUGCUAAGCAGCAGGUAGCAAGCUUGGAAACCAAUGAUCCUAUUUUGGGGUUUCAAGCUACAAAUGAAAGAUUAUUUGUCCUUACUACAAAAAACCUCUUUUUAAUAAAAGUAAAUACAGAUAAUUAAUGAUGCUAACAUAUGCUGGCAUCUCUGUACUUGAGAGAAGUUGAGAAGUAUCUAGAAGGCUGAAAAGUUAGACUGAAUACUAUUGAUUCUAAUGUAAAAAAAUUGUACUGUAUCAAGUUUUAUUUUUUGAAAGGAUGUCUUCAAUGUACUCAGUAGAUUUUUAACUAUCAGAAAAUUGUAUCAAGUGUUUCAGCUCCAGUGUUAGUUAUAGCUCUUAGGGAAACAAGUUUUAUAGAAAAUGCAGGAACAACAUGAACAAUGUAUACAUAUAUUUUUGUUAUUUUGAUUUUCUAAAAAAAACAAAAAAAACCCAAAACUGAGGCCAGAAUCUGAUCUUAUUUAUUUAUGCAGGUUGUACCAUGCAGCAUUUAUCCAAUAAAAAUAUUUACUACA